AGAUAUUGAGUGUGACACAGUCUGGGGAAAUAUAUAGGCUGUCUGUAUAUUCCACUUUUACAGGCAUGUGGUGGAUGAAGAUCAAGGUGGUACUUCAUUAUACCGGUAGCUCAGAUUUGGUUUUGCAGCCGUGGCAGGGGAUGUAUGUCACUGACUUGUUAAAAUAAUCAGAAGCCAUUUUAAUUGAUUUGUUUGUAUUCUAUUGCUAGUGUUUCGAUACUAGUAUUAUUUUCUUAAAAUGUAAAAAUUACAAAGUAAAGAUAUUUAGGCAGUUGAUUGAUUCAACAAUAUCCAAUUUUUUUCAGAGAUGGUGUAUUGCUUACAGGGAUACCUGCCUUCAGGAAAUAUCAUUUCAUUUAAUUUUGCUCAAAAGCAAAAUUACAGGAUUAAAGCUAAGCUUGUAUUGAUCAUUCUGUCAGUUUGGCAGCCAGGAAAGAGUGCUAAUCUGAUUUGGGCUCUUGAACAGUAGAAUUUGUAACAGUUAAUCUGUGAUGACAUCAAAUCUAUAGAUUUUCUGUGCUCUGUUGAUUCUCUUUAGUACAGACUGAUACAUUGAAACUGUUGCACAAGAGGUGUGAUUUAUUAAAUUGAAAGUCCUCAACAUGAUUGUAAUAACUGGUUAUCCAAAAGUCGAUUGUGUUUCAGUUAUGAUUAGUGACCUGUUUUGUCUGAGUGUAAACAAGCAGUAACAAAAUGAACAAAAACAUUUACUUUUAUUCUAAUUUUGCUGAUUUUGUUUUGGGAAUACCACAAUAUUUCAGUAAUUGCACUGUCCUUGAGAAAAUUGAAUUGUCAUACUUGCUAGCUCUUAAAAAAAUUUAAAAAAGCCAUCUGAGCUGUUACAUAAUAUUUAAUUAAACUGAUGUAUGGGUCUCCCUCAAAGCUAACGUAUGUUGUUUAUGAAAAAAGACCAUUAGUCUGGUGCUUGAGAUUUAAUUAAAUCUAUAGGCAGAGACUUUUGGGGCUUGGGAAUUUUACCUUUUAAUCAACACUCUUCUUCGAGUAGGCCCCCUAGUCUUUAAGAUUAGGAUUAACAGGGCCCCUUUUCUUUUUGAUGCCCCUGUUUGGUACAGUAUGCAUUUAGAGAAAGCUAUUUGUCCUAAAGUAAACAACAAUGCAAGUUUAUAUUUGUUGGUUUUGAAUGUUUUUAUCUGAGACAAGACAAGUAUUGGUUCUGAGUUAUUUUACUAAUUAUACUAAGAUAAGUAACAUUAACCUUUUGACUGCUAAUGUAAAAUUCUGUUAAAUUCAUAUUGUUACUUGAUACAGGCCAACUGAACUGUGUUACAUUUUCUGAAAGCUUUAUAAACACUCAUUAUUUAGUUUGAUAAAACCUACUGCACGCUACUUGAGCAACAGCUUCCUUUUAUCUAAGGUAACGAAAGUGGGGUGUAGUAAGCAACAUUUCUUGCUUAACUGUUUCUAAUUAUACUUUUAGUUCUGUGAAGUUUGUAAUAUGCAGUUCUCCUUUUUAAGAGAUGUCGGUGAAGAAAAUAUCUUUGAAAACUAUACGCCUUAAUUACUAUACUGAAUAUGAAUGUGGUUGUGUGUAAAGAUAGCAUUAAAGCUAUGAUUUUAAAGAUUAGAAUUGUUGAAGCCUGUGCUUUUGUAAGUGGUUUGCUGAUACUGUAGAGAAUUGCUUUGUGUCGCUUUGAGCACUGAACCAGGACAAUUGCAACAUACCGGCAGGUUAAACUUUUAUGACCCUGACAGUGAAAACCACAAACUUUCAUCUUAGUUGUGUGCAGAGUUAAAUGCAAGUUUUAAGUGGAAAUCCAGGACGUACAGCACAUAGUGUUCUGUAGUGACAGUCAGCAUCUGUUGACUGUUGUAAAGUCUUUUAACAAUACAUUUUUUCUUUACCAACCCAUAUGGUUGGGUACCAUUUAAAAAAAAAAAAAAAAAGUUCCGAGUCGCCGGGGGGUUGCGGUGGUGAACCGGGAUGACUGAAAAUAUAUAAUUGGGGAGAAAACUGGGGUGAAAUCAUUGGCGACGACUACAUUUAAAAAAUAAAAUAAAAAUACAAAAAAAAGAAUUCUCGUAACAGACGGUUUACAUUUUCAGUCGAUUAACAUUUCUUUGCUUUAUCCAAUCAAUAAAAAAUCCAGCUGCCGAAGAAUUUUUGUUUUCUUCGAUUCAAUUAAGUUGUUGAAAUGUUAAAUCUGUUGUCUCAUGCUUUUUUUUUCAGCUUGUCUACUGUCAUGUCUCCGAAAAGAUCAAAUGUGACAAAUGCCAAUCAUUUUCAAAAUCUUUAAAAGAUCUCUCACAACAGUGUGUACAUUUAUUUGCGAGUUUAAUAUGUUGUGUAUUGAUAAUAUAUUAAUUGAACUGUGCUGCGGCAAAAAUAAGUUCCACAUAGUAAAAAAAUCCUUAACAGCCAAUCAGUGUGCAGCAUCCAAAUAUUCUGUUUGAUAAAUAAAGAUUUAGCUGGAGAUCUGUAGCUGCAACUGUGCUGGUACCUCAUGGAUGGAUUGUAACUUCACAGAAUAUUAAUUCACAUAAAUCAAUUUCUGCUGUAAUUAUUACUUUAAAAAUAAAACAAUCCUUUUUUCUUCCCCCUCUCUGUAAAUUCGUGUUAAUGAAAAGUAAACUCCAAUUUAAAACUAACUGGUCACAGAAAAAGGCCCACCCAUCUUAUUAAAAGAAAGGCUUGUGUCCUCUGUGGUGACCUCAUGGUUUAAGCAGGAGUAAAGAUGAGUAUAAGCAGUGAUGAGGUCAACUUCUUGGUGUACAGAUAUCUACAGGAGUCAGGGUUCUCCCAUUCAGCAUUCACUUUUGGUAUUGAGAGCCACAUCAGUCAGUCCAAUAUAAAUGGUGCCUUAGUGCCCCCUGCUGCUCUCAUUUCUAUCAUACAGAAAGGCUUGCAGUAUGUAGAAGCAGAAGUCAGCAUCAAUGAGGAUGGUACGCUUUUUGAUGGCAGGCCGAUAGAGUCUCUUUCUCUAAUAGAUGCCGUGAUGCCUGAUGUGGUACAAACCAGACAGCAAGCUUACAGGGACAAACUUGCACAGCAGCAAGCAGCAGCCGCUGCUGCUGCCACAGCCAAUCAGCAAGGAUCUGCAAAGAAUGGGGAAAAUACUGCGAACGGGGAGGAGAAUGGAGCACAUGCCUUACCAAAUAACCAUGGAGACAUGAUGGAAGUAGAUGGAGAUGUAGAUAUUCCUCAGAAUAAAGCUAUGGUAUUGCGUGGCCACGAGUCCGAAGUUUUCAUCUGUGCUUGGAAUCCAGUCAGUGACCUCCUUGCAUCUGGGUCUGGUGAUUCGACAGCACGCAUCUGGAACCUUAGUGAGAACAGCACCAGCAGCUCAACUCAGCUUGUACUCAGACAUUGCAUACGGGAAGGAGGACAGGAUGUACCAAGUAACAAAGAUGUCACUUCAUUAGACUGGAAUAGUGAAGGUACGCUACUAGCAACAGGCUCUUAUGAUGGAUUUGCCAGAAUAUGGACGAAAGAUGGUAAUCUUGCCAGCACCUUGGGCCAGCACAAAGGCCCUAUUUUUGCUUUAAAAUGGAAUAAGAAAGGAAAUUUCAUUCUUAGUGCUGGUGUUGAUAAGACUACAAUCAUUUGGGAUGCACAGACUGGAGAAGCCAAACAGCAGUUCCCUUUCCACUCUGCACCAGCACUAGAUGUUGACUGGCAAAGUAACAACACAUUUGCCUCAUGCAGUACAGAUAUGUGCAUCCAUGUCUGUAAACUGGGACAGGACAGACCCAUUAAGACAUUCCAAGGGCACACAAAUGAAGUUAAUGCUAUCAAGUGGGAUCCAACUGGUAACCUGCUGGCAUCCUGCUCUGAUGACAUGACUCUAAAGAUAUGGAGCAUGAAACAGGAUACCUGUGUCCAUGACUUACAAGCGCACAACAAAGAGAUAUACACUAUCAAAUGGAGCCCAACAGGACCUGGCACCAACAACCCAAAUGCCAAUCUUAUGUUAGCAAGUGCAUCAUUUGACUCUACUGUUCGAUUAUGGGACGUAGACCGAGGAAUCUGCAUCCACACACUGACCAAACAUCAGGAACCUGUGUACAGUGUAGCCUUUAGCCCAGAUGGCAGGUACCUAGCCAGUGGCUCUUUUGACAAAUGUGUACACAUCUGGAAUACACAGACGGGCGCUCUAGUCCAUAGCUACAGGGGAACAGGAGGGAUUUUUGAGGUUUGCUGGAAUGCAGCAGGAGACAAAGUUGGAGCAAGUGCAUCAGAUGGAUCAGUUUGUGUAUUAGAUCUUCGGAAAUAACGCUGCUAGUUGGAAGCCAUGGACCGACUAUGAAUGUGUACAUAGCCAAAAUGACUAUCCCUGCCCCAUGUACUGCUACAGUCCCUUCUGAACCAUGGCCUGUCCACUAGAGCCAAACAGAAACCCUGACAAAGUACACAGACCAGGAUAGGAGGGCUGAAUCCUGUCAAGAGCCUGUUUACUGGGAGCGGGAACAUUUUCUACCCACAAAGAAAAAACAAUAAAAAAGGGACAUAUGAGGAGCGUGUAUGUACCAAAUUUGAAAGAUCUUUUUUUUCUUUUAAACCAGUCAAUACAAAACUUUGAUCUUGUUGGUAGAGCAGUUUGUGUGUGCAGACAUAUCGGCUUUCUUAAUCCUGCGGCAGUUAGUUACUUUCCUUUUUUAAAUGUUCUGCAGUUUAGGUUACAGUUGCAUGAUUUUUUUCCUCCCUCCUGCUCCUCAGACAGAAAACAGUCUGCUACUGUACAUUAUGCGGUCCACAAAACAUUGUGGGCGACUCCAAUAUUCUUAAUUCCAGUCACUUUACUUUUUCAUCAAUGGUAGUUAUGAUGCUAUGGUUUUUCUGAUUGCAGUUAAAAUGCAGGUUUUUUUUUAUUUUUUAAGGGAACAUCAUUUUGCUGAAUUUAAAGGAUUACAUAAAUAAAAUGGGCACAACAACAGUUUAGAUUAGAUGCUUUAUGCAUCCUUUUGCUUUGACCAUGCUUUAAGUAUGGUUGGAUUGUGCACUAUUUAUAUAAUAUAAUUAUAGAAAUGUUCAUUUAAAAAGAAAAAAAGUUUCUGGGCAAAAGUAAACUGUAGCUGAGUCAUUGAGUCACUAGAUUCCAGUAUUAAUGACUGAUAUCAUUUUGGCAUUUAAAAAAUGUGUACAGGCCAUUGUAAAACCAAUAUGCCAUUGGGCAGAAAUCAUAAUUUGUUGUAAUGAAAAGUGAAGACUUGCUUUGAGUUUCCUUUUUUUAAUGAUUCAUUCCCAGUAUGUUUAUGUAUUUCAGAUAAGUGCUGGAUUCUACAUGUUCAGUUUUAAUGAGAUUACUUUGAUUUAAUGUGUUAUAUGCUGUGGCCUCGCUAGCGUAAUGAGAUUUAACAUUCAACAAAAUGCUAAUUGGUUAUGAGAACUGGGUAAAUAAGGGUGGAGGUGGUUCUAGGGACUGCUGUCUUUGUAUUGCUUUUGUUAUACCUUUGCUUCAACAAUCAAAAAUGCCUAGCCUUACUUUAAAAUUACCUUCUGAGAACUGUAACUGUACUAUUUUUCUGCCUAGUUGUAUGUUUUUAAAUAACUUUUUUUUUUUUUUACUAAAGUCCUAAAAACUGGAGACUUCCCUCCCAAUUAAUAGACAUCAUCAAUGCAAGAUUUUGUUUAGUCAUGUGUUGAUCUUUUUUACUAUAUUAAAAAAUGACACUUAAAGCAAGUCUGGUUGUUGGGCAGGGGAAAAGUGUUUGGUAAAUGUGACAUGGAUCAACACUGUAACUAUCAUCACCAUAUGAUUUUAUAUACUGCCCAUUUGUAAGGGUAGUUUUUAAUUGGAAUCUGUAUAUAUUUCCAAACACACUUUACAAUGUGUGUUAUAUAUGUACAUUAUAUGAAAGUUGUUUCCAUGCAAUAGCAAAAUUACCAUCCGGGAUAAUCACAAAAAAUACAACGUAUUUAUAAAAUACCAUUUGACAGUCAUAGUAAAAGUAAGUACCCCACAAGUUUAUUUUAUUCAUUUCUUUUUGAAAAUGAUUUAAUGUAAAAAAAGAAUAAGCCAGUUUUACCCAUGUGGCAACAUAAGUAGAAUGGAAAGUAACAGAAAUAUAGAUACAAGUAUAACAAACUACAUUUAUACUUGUGACGAGACUGUGUCUCAGGAGGAGAGCCAGAUGCAGUUAUCUGCCAUCGGUGUCCUUCGCUAAAAAACCCAUAUUCUAUGUACUUAUUAAUUUGCGUUAGUAUGUGAACUGGGUGUUAGUCAGAUGUGUCACUCCCAUGCUGUAAGCAACUGACUCUAGACUCUGGUUACAUUGAAGAGCCUGGAAGUUUCUAGUAUCCAUUAGUCUUGAGACUUCUGUGAAAAGAGUAAUACCGUAGUGGUCAUAAUCCAUUUCUGAGUAGGGUUUAAUGUAACAAUGAACACUACAUUAGUCUCAGCUCAGGUUAAAAAGACUUGGGGCAUAGAAUGUGAAAUGUACAGUAUAUAGACUGAUGUAUCUGAAUGGUGUAAAGUGGUCCGGUUGAACUGUUAGGAUACAGAGUUCUAUACUGUAACUGGUAUAGAACUCUUUAUACAUGCUGAGCACUGAAAAAAAAAUACCAAAAAUAUUUAUAAAAUAAAAAAAAAGCCUUAUAAAAUAACUUGUUAUUCAGAUACACAUUUAUAUAAGUUGCUGUACAGUCUUGAGUGUAUACAUUUUUUUCUGUAAAUUUUUUAUAGUUUGCAACAUAUGUUUGAACUUCAGCACACUGUAGUUGAUUUAAGUAACAUCUGUGACAGUAGAAUGGUAUUUUAUAAGUCAGUUCUUAGUUUUGUUUUGUGUUUGAACCUGCCCUGGAGUCAAGUGUAUUUUUUUCCUAUCUCUACCAAUGGAUUCUCAACCUUCUGGUGUGUAACACCAGCCCAUAACAGUUUUUGUACUCUUUAAAAUGUUUUCUAGUUCUUCUUUCUUUGUCGCUGUUCAAGCAAAAAAGAAAAAAAAAAACAGAAGUACCAUAAUGUCCUGGACCAUGUAAAUACCACAUUCUAUAAUGUAUUUGGGUUCUAUACUGCAUAAAAAAUUGCCCACGCCCACCAUUUUGAUUUCUAUUCCUAAAAUCACAUCUUUUUGUUUUAGAUUCCCUUUGCAUUGUAUUGAUCUGACGGUUGUAAUUUGAAUCAGAUCUGAACAGGUCCAGAAUAAAAUAUAUUUUGAUAUUA